CAAAUGUCAUAGUUAUGUCAAAAUGAUAUGUGAUAUGAAAUGUAUCAUUUUACGGAAAGGAAUAUUUAUGUUUUUCUAAAAAAUAAAUGAGUUACAAGUUCAUUUAAUCAAGCAGUCCUUUUAUUUUAAUUACCUCCAAGAAAAAAAACCGCCACCAUGAGUGCGAUAUUUAAUUUUCAAAGCUUGCUAUCAGUCAUAUUACUUCUUAUAUGCACAUGUGCAUACUUGAGAUCGUUCUUCCCAAGUAUUAUGGACCGUAAUAAAACUGGGUUACUUGGAACAUUUUGGAAGUGUGCUAGAAUUGGUGAACGCAAAUCACCCUACAUAGCAGUUUGUUGCUUAGUUAUGGCAUUUUCAAUACUCUUUCUAACUUAAGUGAUAUAAAUGUAAUAAACUUCUAUUAAUAAACAAUUAUUUUUAUAUUAA